GGAAGGUAGCGCAUAAGCCGAUAGCGCUUUUGUCCCAACGGAAGAGUCCGGGAAUAGUAUUUGCCUGUGGUUGGAUUGCUCUUGCCCACAUCACCGACGAUACGAUGUCGUGUCAGCCGACCCGCCGACCAUCCGACAAGUCAGGGCAGGGAGGUAGCCAGCGACCAAUGCCAUUCGAAACUCCAGGUCAGAAUGCAAGUUGGUUCAGACACCUUAUUCGUUCUUACGCGUCAGCGCUAUUUGCGGGGCCCGAAUAAAUUGCCAUAACUCCUCAUCUGGCUCAUUCCAACUUGCUCUCUUCCGUUUCCUGUCUCUCAUACAUUCACACCGACUUAACAGCCUAAAAACACCUACGCCCAUUAAAACACAGAGUCAAGAGAGAUCAAGCGCCAGUUUUAGAUCUACUACCGUCUUCUGCCCCACCGCGAUAGACCUACAAACAUUCAAAAUGCCCUCUUCCACCGAGAACGUUCCCCAGCCGCAACAAUCAAUGGAGAUGGUGCCCCAACAGGACGCCAUCAUCUCUCAGCAGCCCACAACUGAGCCACAGCCCGAGAUGGCGACGACCGAAGGAACAUUGCGCGGCGGCUUCGUCGAGGAGUGCAGCUGCUGCUGCUGUUCAGAGGAGUGCGCUUGCUGCUAGAGAUCUUACCGCGCCAUGGGCCCGACGAGCUCGGCAGAGGUGAGAUGUGCGAAAUGAUUCCAAAGAGCUCGGCCAGGCUUGAGAGAGAGAGGCCGCGGGCCGAGAUGAGGUCUGCCUGAGUGCCCUCAGUAGUCAACUUCGUUCAAGCGGUUGAAUUGAAUCAGUUUCUUGUCAUGACAAGUCAAAGCUUGGCCGCCUUACUACUGGAUGUGAUGUCUUGUUUCUUGCUGCAACAAGAGAAGCGUGUCAAGGAUGUAUAACCUUGAUCGGAGUGAUCUCUCAUCGUGUCGACUUCAGGCCGGCCCUACAGUUUGCCAUUGGGAAUUAGGUGUACUGUGAGACCAUCGAGAUCAAGCGGUUGGAUACGAUUGAUUGAGUGCUAUGGAGGAGAAAGAGGGAAACUGGCAAAGUCUGGAAGGCUAGAUAUAGUGCGGUCUGGGCAGGGUAUAGAGUAGGGUCUAGGCCCAGUGAAUACUAUACUUAGUGAAUACCAGAGACCUACUAACAUACCCCUAUAGACUAGAAGACUACUAAAGAGUAUUUAAACCUCUAUAUACUAUUUAUAUUGUAAUAUCUUUUAUAGUAUUAAUAAUAUUUUAAGCCUAGGGAACCUUCCUCUAGAC